GCGGCGGGGUUUGUUUUGCAGGGCCGGGAGGGGAGGCCGGGAGCCCGCAGGCGCCGGCGGGGGCGCCGGGAGGCGGAUUCCUCGUGCCGUGGGCGCUGCUGGCGAGGUGGACGCGCCGCGGCGGGCCCGAGCGCGGCGAUGGAAGGCGACGGGGUCGGCCCGUGGGGCGGCGAGCCCGGGUCGGGGCCCGGCGGCGGCGGCGGCGGCGGGAUGGUCCGCGAGCUGUGCCGCGGCUUCGGCCGCUACCGCCGCUACCUGGGCCGGCUGCGACAGAACCUGCGCGAGACGCAGAAGUUCUUCCGCGACAUGCACUGCGCCCCGGGCCGCAGCCGGCCCUCCUCCCCCGCGGGCGGCGGCGGGCCCGAGCGCGGCGCGGCCGGCGACGUCGCGGAGCACGGGCUGCCGGCGGGCCAACUGAGCUGCAUUUCCUUCCCGCCUAAGGAAGAGAAGUACCUUCAGCAGGUCGUGGACUGCCUCCCCUGCAUCGUGAUCCUCGGCCAGGACUGUAAUGUCAAGUGCCAGCUGCUGAACCUGCUGCUGGGGCUGCAGGUGCUGCCCACCUCCAGGAUGGCCAGUGAGGAGAGCUGUAAGCUCCGGCGCCUUCGCUUCACCUAUGGGACUCAGACUCGGGUCAGCCUGGCCCUCCCCGGCCAGUAUGAACUAGUGCACACGUUGGUGGCUCAUGAGGGAAAGUGGGAGACCAUCCCCGAGGAGGACCUGGAAGUCCAAGAGGACACUGAGGAUGCUGCCCAUGUUUUAGCGGAACUGGAGGUGAUGAUGCACCAUGCUCUCUUACAGGAAGUGGACAUUGUAGUAGCACCGUGCCAAGGCCUCCGACCCACAGUGGAUGUUUUGGGUGAUUUGGUGAAUGAGUUCUUGCCUGUGAUAACCUACGCGCUCCACAAAGAUGAACUCUCUGAGAGAGACGAGCAAGAGCUGCAGGAAAUCCGGAAGUAUUUCUCUUUUCCCAUAUUCUUUUUCAAAGUGCCGAACCUAGGCUCAGAGGUCAUAGACUCCCCCAGAAGAAUGGAGAGCGAGCGAUCCCCGCUGCAUCACCAGCUGACCGACCUGGGCUAUCUGAGCGGCAGUCACUGCAACUGGGGCUCCCCCGGCCAAGACGGCAAGGCUCAGAGCAUGCUGGUGGAACAGAGCGAGAAGCUGAGGCACCUGAGCACGUUUUCUCACCAGGUGCUGCAGACGCGCCUGGUGGACGCAGCCAAGGCUCUGAACCUCGUGCACUGCCACUGCCUCGACAUUUUUAUUAACCAGGCCUUUGACAUGCAGCGGGACCUGCAGAUUACCCCCAAACGUCUGGAAUACACUAGGAAAAAGGAGAACGAGUUGUAUGAGUCCUUGAUGAACAUUGCCAACCGAAAGCAGGAGGAGAUGAAGGACAUGAUUGUUGAGACACUGAACACUAUGAAGGAGGAACUUCUCGAUGAUGCUGCCAACAUGGAAUUUAAAGACGUCAUUAUCCCUGAGAACGGAGAACCAGUGGGCACCAGAGAGAUUAAAUGCUGCAUCCGCCAGAUCCAGGAACUCAUCAUCUCCCGGCUUAAUCAGGCAGUAGCCAAUAAACUGAUCAGCUCAGUGGAUUACCUCCGUGAGAGCUUUGUUGGAACGCUGGAGAGGUGUCUGCAGAGCCUUGAGAAGUCUCAGGAUGUCUCAGUUCACAUCACCAGUAAUUAUCUCAAACAGAUUUUAAAUGCCGCCUAUCAUGUUGAAGUCACAUUCCACUCAGGGUCCUCAGUUACUAGGAUGCUGUGGGAGCAGAUCAAACAGAUCAUCCAGCGCAUCACGUGGGUGAGCCCACCUGCCGUCACUAGGGAGUGGAAGAGGAAGGUGGCCCAGGAAGCCAUCGAGAGCCUCAGUGCCUCCAAGCUGGCCAAAAGCAUUUGCAGCCAGUUCCGGACUCGCCUCAACAGUUCUCAUGAGGCCUUUGCAGCCUCCUUGCGGCAGUUGGAAGCUGGCCACUCAGGCCGGCUGGAGAAAACUGAAGAUUUGUGGCUGAAAGUUCGGAAAGAUCAUGCCCCCCGCCUGGCCCGCCUGUCUCUAGAAAGCCGGUCUUUACAGGAUGUCUUGCUGCACCGUAAACCUAAACUGGGACAGGAGCUGGGUCGGGGCCAGUAUGGUGUGGUGUACCUGUGUGACAACUGGGGGGGUCACUUCCCCUGUGCCCUGAAGUCAGUUGUUCCCCCAGAUGAGAAGCACUGGAAUGACCUGGCUUUGGAGUUCCACUACAUGAGGUCUCUGCCGAAGCACGAGCGGUUGGUGGACCUGCACGGCUCCGUCAUUGACUACAGCUACGGCGGGGGCUCCAGCAUCGCCGUGCUGCUCAUCAUGGAGCGGCUGCACCGGGACCUGUACACGGGGCUGAAGGCUGGGCUGACCCUGGAGAAACGUUUGCAGAUAGCACUAGAUGUGGUGGAAGGAAUCCGUUUUCUGCACAGCCAAGGGCUUGUCCACCGUGAUAUCAAACUCAAAAAUGUGCUGCUGGACAAACAGAACCGUGCCAAGAUCACUGACUUGGGAUUCUGCAAGCCAGAGGCCAUGAUGUCUGGCAGCAUUGUGGGGACACCAAUCCACAUGGCCCCGGAACUUUUCACAGGGAAGUACGAUAACUCCGUGGAUGUCUAUGCCUUUGGCAUUCUGUUCUGGUAUAUCUGCUCAGGCUCUGUCAAGCUCCCCGAGGCGUUUGAGAGGUGUGCCAGCAAAGACCACCUCUGGAACAACGUGCGGAGAGGGGCCCGCCCUGAACGCCUCCCCAUGUUCGAUGAGGAGUGCUGGCAGUUGAUGGAAGCCUGCUGGGAUGGGGACCCCUCUCAGAGACCUCUCCUGGGCAUUGUCCAGCCCAUGCUGCAAGGCAUCAUGGACCGCCUGUGCAAGUCCCACUCCGAGCGGCCGAACCGAAGACUCGAGGAUUCGACUUGAAAGCAAAGACCUCUUCCACUCUUGUUUCUCUCUUCCCCUCACCUUUUGGCCAUGGGAGAAUUUGACAUUUACUCAUUCCAAAGCGCUCCCGCGGGGAGUGAUGCUUGCUGGGCACCCGGACCCCCUCCCAGGCAGAGACGCUGCGGGCGGCUGAGGGAGCACGGCCCGCACUGCACUGACACCAGGCUGUCCCUUUAGCAGACGGCUGUCUCGGACAUAAGCUGAUAGCGCAGUGUUCUGGCCUCAGCUGAGCGAGGCCUCUGCUCCCGUGGUCUGCUCCCGGCGUGCUGCCAGGGCACCAGGGACACUGCACUGGGGACGGCGAUAAGAGCGACCAUAUUUCAUAAUUUUGACUGUAACCAAGAAUGGUUGGCUCUGCCCAGCCAUCAGAAUCCUUAGAAAAUUUGAGCUUAGUUCUGAGAUUGUUAGAACAUAGGAACAAAAAUCGUUCUGAGGUUGUUAGAGCAUAGGAACAGAAAAUAAUACAUGGGUACCUGGCUCAGGCUACCUGCGAGCUUGCAACAGCCGGAGGUCCCCGCGGGAGGGAGCCAGAGCCACCGUGUCAGGGUGUUCCCAGGGACUCGGGCAGGGCUUCAGGUCCACUCCCAGGAUGCCACAAAGGAAGGAAAACGGAAGCGUGCCUGUGUUGCUAUUGGGGUUUGAGUUACUGCUAUCUCAGAGACUGUCUUCUACCCUGGGGCCUCUUUUGGGGUGGGUUUUUUUUUUUUUCAUGUGGGGGGAUGUUCUCAAAAUGGGGAUGCGCCAGUUAACAUGGUACUUAAGGGUGAAUGACUGAAAUGGACCCGCUGCGAAGUCAUUCUGGGACCCGAGAAUGAUGCUGUGGGCCUCCAUAGCAACCCACUAAUGAGAUGCCGACUUGUUUUCUAAACUCAGAAAUGUAGAACCUCUUCUCCUUGUGUUCGAAUAUAACAUACUGACCUUUUUUUUUUUUUUUUUAAAUGUUUGCUAAGUGAGCUUUUUAAACCAAGGUUUCUACUGCAAUUGACUUAUCCUUUUACCUUAUUUUUACUGGGACCUAUAGGUCAGUGGAGGGGAGAAGCAGGCGAGUGAUCUCUGCCGCUCUGCGUGCCGCCACCCUGGGGAGGGCCCCUGCUCUCCAGGCAGGAGGGAGUUUGCAGCCCUUGGAGCAUUUUGUCGAGAAUCGCAAAAGAAUUCUGAACCCAGACAAAGGAAGUGGAACUCUUUAUACAUCUCUGAUUCUUGAGUUUGCGCUUCCCUUGGCCUGUUGAUGAAGCACUUGACGGUGGAGGGGAGAAGUGCCUGGCCUUUGGCUGGACCCAGAGGUCCGGCUCCGUGCCUUCGUGUGCGUGAAGGGGCCCUUCGUGGCGACCAGGUAGUGAGCACACGUGCUGCCGGAGCCUUCCAGGCUGGUUGUGACAGAGCGACCAUGUCCUGAACUUCAGCAGGGUACACUAAGAAAAAUCUCACGUAGUUUUUCAAGUUCAGUUUUAACUCUCGGCCGAGGGUAGUAGCCCCCUAAGUACUGUGGCUCCCUAAAGUAUUAAAACUCCAAGUUCACUUGCAAGCGGGAGAAGUGACUGACCAGGUUGUCUCUGGGUUCUGAGACCCCGGCCUUGUUUUGGUGGAGAAUUCAGUCGAAUUUUUCAUCACUCAGAAUUAGGACCUCGCUGUACUUCGCGUCACUCUCUUAUUAACAGCGUUGACUCAGUGCCCUUCUAAGGAGCGUGACGGGCUCAUAGGAGGUCAGGUUUCAAGUUUGAAACGGAGCGAUAAGGACACUCCUGUUAAAAAUCAGUGUAGGUCUGUUCUGGGUAAAGCGUUAAGCAGCCGGCCCGGCUCCCUUUGCAGGAUGCCUCCUGCUCCGGCACACCUGGUCCCAGGAAAGCCAGGUUCCUGACACGGGGGAGGCAUACCCCGAUCACACCCCGUUCAUUCACAAGGGCUUCCCAAGUUCCUUUUCGUUUCAUCCCCUAAAUCUUGCAAGAACCUUAGUUUGCCGCAGCCCUAUUCCCCACACUUUUUGUGUGUGGGGGUGGGGAGGAAAGAGGGGACUAUUCAAAGUUAGAGGGACAAGAAAUUGUGUGAGUUUUUUUUUUUCCUUUUAAGUAUUCUGAAAAAAAAAAAAAGGUGCAAAUUAUUCCUGAAAAUCUAUAGGCUAGCCAAAGUCCACAUUUAGAUAUUUGGAGAUGUUAUUUAAACACUCAGCAGGCUGAGUGCAGGAAUAUAUAUAUAUGUAUAAGUGUGCAUAUACUUUGCUUUUAUUUUGUAACAGUGUGGCUAAUCUGGGAUUCUUCCUUCCUCGCCACCCAUUAUUACGGAAGGUGGGAAGACACUAGACGGUCGAGGAGUCGCCUGGCCCUGAGCGGUGGCAGGCUCAGCAUUGCCCGGGUCCCCAGCGGCGAGGUGAGGCUGGCCGGGAGAAGAGGAAGAAGGGCAGAAUGAACCUCCCGCCCGGCCCGGGGCAGGGUCAGGAUGGCUCGCCCCAGCCUGGCUGUUCUUAACACGCUUCCAGUCACGCACUUGUUUUGCUUCAGCACUAACUGGUGAGGGACUUCCCUGCAGAGCCGUAGUGAGGAAGGUGGCGGCCCUCGAGCUCCCCUAAACCGGGGUGCCAGCAUCGUGCCUCUGGGGGCGAGGGCGGCUUGUGGCCGAGGUCUCCGCAGCGCGCCCCAGUCUCCGGCCCCUCCGCUGAGAGGAUUCGUGGUGGAGCGAGCCCGUCCUCUCUUCCGGGAAGGGGCGAGGGCAGAGGUGGCACCCGUUUCUAACACUAAAAUUCCAGGGGGCAGUGGAGGAGAGGGUCCACGGCUACCCCAGGAGGACUAGCGGGAGAGUAGUGCUCUCGGCGGGCGGCUCUCCAGUGCUCUUUGGUAUUUUCGCCUGAGUUGCCAAAGGGGGGCCGGGAAAGCUCUUUCCUGAUGGGAGAAGGGGUCGGGGUGGCAGAGUGGCAGGGUGAUAACUGCACUGAACGACACUUUAUUUCUUUGGCAUAUUUAGCACUGACCAACCAAGGCGGCCUGGUGAUCCCAGUUGCCGUUGGGGGACCAAGGUGACGGCCUGGCGGGGUGGAGGUGGCGGGCGGGUCCACACGGCCCCCCCUCUCCCCCCGGCACCCAGUGUCCAAAGAGCACUUGCUUUAUUCGAGUUCUCAAAGCUUGAUGUUGGAUUUGCUGCAUGAAGCAACCCCCCAUUCCUUUCCAAGAGAAAGAGGGUCUGUCUGAAAUGAGGGCGGGGGGGGGGGUCAGGCUAGGGGGGAGUCCCAUGGGUGAGGACGGGGGAAUGACCUUGAGAAACUUCCCUGGCAGCUCUCCCGUGCCUCGGGCACGUUUGGUUCAAACAUUGAUACAGAAACAGUUAAACGCCGCACAGGAUGGUGGCAGCGACGGUGGGAUUCGGGGUCUGUCCUUGUGUGGGAUAUUAAUGGGGGCCUCGUGUCCUGAAAGGGGUGGCCUCUCGCUGCGUCGGCUUUGCGGACGCCCGUGCCACCAGCUGCGCCCGGCUGCUGUCCCCAGGGGGAGGGGAGAGGGGUCCAGACAGCUUGUUGUCUCUCCGUAAUGUUGUUUUAAAGCAUCUAUUUUAUUACAGUGUUAAAAGGUGUAAAAUACUAAAUGUGUAGGAUCAAAGUGCAAUAACAUAACCCGAGAACAGGACUUCGGCACACACGUGAGCUCAUACGCGCUCCCCCUCCUUGUGCCUCCACACUUCCCCUCUGUCACUGUUCCUGCAGGUCCAUGUUCAUUGUGUGUAUUUUAGGAGACCCGCUUAUGGAUGAUGAAUUCACCGUGUCCCUUUGAACGGCUGGUUUUAUAGACUACUCUGUACUGGGUGGGACGCGCGAACAUCAGGUGUGCUGUAUAAUAAAGAUCAUGUCGCCAUUGUCA